GAAGCGGUUUGAAAAAAAAAAAAAAAAAAACUAGACGCGUUGAAAAAUAUCGAUAUAUUUAUAUUUAAAUAAACGCAUUUUAAAGGUAAAAUGGCGGCUUUCACAAAUUGUAAUUAAAGGUAAAAUGGCGGCGUCCAAAAAAUACGUUUAAAGGUAAAAUGGCGGCUCUGAGAAAAUAUUUUUAAAGUUAAAAUGGCGGCUUUCAUUUUAAUUGUUUGUGUGUAAACAAACAAGCGCGUGCUGGUUAAUUAGGUGGUUUAGUUGGUUAGAUGGAUUCAUUUGUCGUAUAAGCAGAAUUUGUGCGGGAUUCAGUAGGACGUGUUCGAGCUGUGACAGUCUGUUUAUGUUCACUGGAGCUUCAGGACAAACAUUAUUAUGACUUAAGUGUCAUCAGAUGUCUGAUCUCCCUCAUGGACGAAUCAGACCUGGACUUGUCCUUCCUCUGCUCACGUCUACUGAAGAGAGUGCGACGGAAAUGUGCAGAGUCUGGAGAUGAGAAGAAAAGAGUGGUGAAGGAUGAAGGAGAAGACCAAGACUCGGGGUCUGAGAUCCAAAGCAGGAGCAAAGUACCAUGGAAAAGGAAAAGGGAGAAGAAAGAAGGACCUGAGAGUAAAACUACGGACAGGAGCCGUAGUGAGGGACGUGGGAAUGAAGGAUCGGAGACUGGUGUAGUGAGAGAAGGAGAGCAAAAGGAGCAGAAGUUGCGGGCGAAGGAACAGGUGCUCAGCAGGAUGCAGCGUUUUAAGAGAGUGACCCCACCUUGCCUCGUGCACACAAAGGAAGAGGCGAGUGCAGAAUCUGCUGGUCAGCCCUCUGAGAAACCAUCGCCUCCAGUGCAAGAGCCUGUUGAGAAACAAGAGAGUGAUAACGCAUUGGCUCAGAGAUUACAGCAGCAGUUAGACCGUGAGGUUGAGAACCAGGCUGUAGUGAACGUGGAGGACGGAUGCCUGUUCUUCUGUCAGCUCUGCUACAAAGACCUUUCAGCUAUGAGCCAUCAGCUGCGCACGCAGCACAUCAACCGGUGUCUUGAUGAACGUGAGAGCAGCACCUCACGCGUUCCCGCUCCUCCUCCUCGUCCACGCGUACCCGAAUGUCCUAUAUGCGGGAAGUGCUUUAAGUCUGAAAAGACCCGCUCCACACAUUUAAAGCGCUGCUCGGCGAGCAUGGGCGUGUCUCCGGCCGAGUUGCUAAAGGCCCUACAGAGACAGGCGGCCGAACGAGCGAACGGGCAACAAGCAGUAGGCAGCAGUGACAAUUCAGAUUCCAGCAUGCCUGUGAAGAAGAAAGCCAGAAAAAAAGCACCGGGCAUGGAUGAAGACACCAUGAUGGCUCUGGCCCUGUCUCGCUCUCUGCUGGAGCAGGAGAUGGAGCGAGACAGAGACAGAGAGGAGGAGAGACGCAUCCAGGCACAGCUGGAGAGCACUAAGCCAGGCGCCGCUCCUGUGGUGGUACAGGGGAGGUCCAGAGCAGGUAAGAGUCGAGUAAAGAGAAGGAAAGGAGACCCAGCUGCUCCUCCUCCCCUUCUCCUGGUCCAGGACCCACAGGCUGCUCAGAAGCGAAUCCAGGAGCGAGUCUCCUCGCUGCUCCUUCUAACCAGACCUCCUACUCCUCCCACCCCCACCCUGUUGCCCUCUGCGCUCUCCACACACACCUUCCUCUGGCUCAAGAGUGCGCUGCCUGGAGGAGGCCCGGUUUCUCUUUCUGAAUUUUACACUGCAGAGCUCGAAGCGUUUAUACAGCCUGAUAUUGGCGUGGAGAAGAACACAUCUCUCUUGUCAGAGGCAACACCAGCAAAACAGAGUCCUGCAGCAGCCUCAGAAUCUACUACAGCUCCGGAGAAGCUUCCGGAUGCAUCCGCUGGACAUCGUCCCUCCACCCCGAGCCUGGGCAUGCCCGGGACACAGGCCCUGACAGACCUGGUGGAUCUGGCUGAAGAAGGCAUGACGCUCACACAGUACAAAUCCACCGAUGCAGAACCUCAUCUCAGCGGAUUUGUUCCAGAAUCUACCGAGACCCCGGGACCCGCCAUAAACUCUACGAGCGUGUCGAGGCUGUGUUCUGAUCUGGGCAGCAUGGUGAACAACCCUCAGCUCAGUGAUGUGCAGCUGCAGGUGGACAGCGGCGACAUCUAUUAUGCUCACUCCUUUAUGCUCUACACACGCUGCCCUCUGCUGGCCAGCAUGGUCCACGAUGCAGGAUUUGGAGUGCAGGAGGAAGGCUUUCCUCGGGCUCAGAGAGUCUUGUUGAACGAUGUGUCUGGUAAAGCAGUGUACACUCUGUUGCAGUUCCUCUACACUGCUGUUUGCCACCUGACACACAUCCUGCUGCCAGAUGUACUCCAGCUAGCCAGAAGGUUUGGUCUGUCUGAGCUGCAGCAGCAGUGUGAACAGUACACUGGAAAUCUAACGGAGGACCCAAGAGAACAGGAAAGGGACACUUCCCUGGGUCAUGAGUCCACAGGUGAACCUCAGCAGAGCCUGGUCGAUGCACAGUUCCUGGAUCUUCUGCGCUCUAUGUGGGAACACGAGGACGGUGACGAAAAGGCAGUCGUGGAAGCCACGAGAGGGACACAGAGUGAAGACCAAGAUGGCAGCGGAGACAGAGAGAUAGAAGACGAUCGAGUCGACGAGGACGAGUUGAAUGAGAUUUACGAGUUUGCAGCCACUCAAAGGAAACUGGGGGCUGAGCGAGUGGUGACCACUGAGCGUGAUGACAAAGAGGAAGGGGCUAAUGAGAGAAUGAAGGACAACUGCUCUGAUGCAGAACAGAGGCAAGAAGGAAAGAAAGAUUUCGAAAUGGAAGACGUGCACCAUAGUGGUGAAGUUGAUUUGAAACCUGACUCUAACAGAAACGUACACCAAAGAGGUCCGGAAGGCAGUUUGGACCGGAGCUACAACCACCUGUUCUCCGUAUCAUGGGGAGAAUACAUCGAGCCGUCUCAGACACAAACUCAACAUUUAGACCUGCAGAAAACACCCACUUCACGGCCCACGUCUUCAGUCAGCGAAGUGAUUGACCUGUCCGUUAGUCCUCCACUGGAUUCUGGGGAACCAGCCAGGUUGCUAUUUCCUGUGACUGGUGUGUCUCCAGGAGAGACUCCAGACCAGAUUGAAGCAGUUAAACAGACUUCAGUGAGUCCAAAAGCUCACUGCAUCUCACAGCUCACAUCAGAACUCGGGUCUAAACACCCCUCAGCUCCAUCUCUUAGAAAAUCCCAGCUUGAGGUAACCGCUUUACUACACAGUAGCACCAAACCCAAACUCUCCUCUCCCACGCCCAAUCGCAGCCAGCCUGAGCUCAUUGUCCUUUCCGACUCCAGCGAUGACAUGGAACCUGACCUUCCUGAUAAAGUUCCUUCACGUUGUGAUGCUCCCAGACCACCAAUUUUAUCUCCAUCACGACUCAGUCUACGUUACACUCAGAAUAAAGCUAAAGAAGCCACACAGGCCGAACUCUCUCCCAAAAGAUCACUCGAGCCUUUCAGUUCUGUGCAUCCAGAACCUUCCAGAAUGGACCAGGUAGGCAAUGAGAAUGUACUGGACGGCUCUGCUGAGGUUUCAUGGUUAAUUCCGGCCACUCCAGAACAUUCAACCCGCACUAGAACCACGCAGACCUCUAUCAGCAUGCGCCGCACUCAGCUCUUCCCCAGAUCUCACUCUUCAUCCUCCUCUUCCAUUUCUGACAGCUCCAAAGCUACAUCGUGCUCAAACUCUUUGAAACCUCACAGAGAACAUUCUCAACCGUCUCCAGCUUUCCAGAAGCUCACAUCCCAUUCCAGAUUGUCCAAGACUUCACAGAGCGACUCUGUCGAUCGAACGUAUCCUAAUUCCGCGUCCGCACCCUGCAGCAGCACUCCUCUCCACUCAGACCCUCGUCUACAGCAUCUUGACGCUCUUGGAUCUCCUUUACUGAGAGACAGCGAGCCGAUAACUCACAGAACAGUGAGUCAAGAACGUAGACUUGGAUCCUGCCAUCUUAGCCCGUUGGAGAACUCGCUUUCCCCACAACAAAGCUCAAAGUCAGAAAUGGAAUCAAGCAAAAGUCCUGCCAAAUCCCAGCGCUCUGAUAACCCUGGAGAUAGUGAAGAUCAGGAGACGAGCACUGACGAAAAAGAGCUGGUGGAAAAAAGGACAAGCAAAACAAAUGAAGCAGAAGUGAUGGAGGAAGAGUUCUGUUUUGUAUUUGAUGAGCCACCCAUUGCGUUCAAUGACUCCUGGGGUUUGGGUGGAGCGGUCGCUGAGCAGGGGCCAUGCUUCAGUCUGAGGCUGGAGAGCAGUGGAGCCCAAACUAGUCCUCCAGAAGAAAGCGGACAGGGUGAGACCGCUUCCCCGCACACAUUUUCUCCCCCAUUGCAUGGAGCUCAGGACCACCUGCCAGACUCUGGAUCUCCACUUGAUCACAGAUUGCCAGAUGCAGCCAUGUGGGACAGCUGGAAAGAGGAUGAGGAGGAAGUGGAAGCUCUUCCUCUCUCUCAGAGAGUGGGUUCAAUGGCUCUCGCUAAGAGAGUGUCUCAGUUAAGAACGCCAGUAGCUUGCAAGAAGAAGAAGAAUCAUGUUCCACUGGUGCCCAUCACGCCCAUGCCAAGCUUCUCAGAUAUGGACACACCUGAGCUUAAGAACAAACUCAACAGGUACGGCGUGCGGCCUCUUCCUAAGAAGCAAAUGGUCCUGAAGUUGAAGGAAAUCCACCAGUACACCCACCAGCUGAUGAGUUCCGGCUCUGAUGAGGAGACUUCUCCAAGAGCCGCACCAGCUGCUUUCAAACAGCCCACAGCGCCCCCUCCUGUCUCUCCCAGGAAACUGCAAUUUGGACAAGAGGAGGAUGAGCAGGAUGCAUUACCUGCAUCUCAGGAGUCCAACACCUCCUCCACAGCUGAGUCAGAAAGAUCCAACCCGGAGGUGUGCGACUCUGAUGACGACAGAUCCGACAGCGAUGACAUCACAGCUUCUCAGGCGGCCGUACGUGAGAAAGACAAACUCCAGGCUGUGCGUUCUUUCAUCCUGUCUGACCCGGUGCUGUACAGCCGUGUGCUGCAGUACCAGCCGCUCGCUCUGUGUGACCUGAAGGCAGGGCUCCGGACAGCAGGUGUCAGGCUGGGCACUGCCAAACUGCUCGACUUUCUGGACUCCCAGUGUAUCACUUUUACAACAGCAAAGCAAGGCCAUCCUGCACCUUCGCGCAGGAGAGCAGGUAGAGGUAGGAAACGACUAGCGAAGGCAGCCGAGUGAGCUGAAUGAGAGGAACUAAUGGAGGGCCCUCUGGACGAGCUGCAUGAGAGGAACUACUGGACAAGUUUCCUAAUAAAAAUUCUCAGGGUUUUUAUCAGUGUGUUACUUUUUAUGUUUAAAUAUUUGUUAUAAAAUUAAAAAGGAAUAUAUGUCUUAA